GCGGCGGCGAGUCCUCCUGCCGCCGCUGCCGCUGUUGCGCGGGCUCUUAAAGGGGCCGCCGCCUCCGCCGCUCCCGAGGAUGCCGAACUUCUGCGCCGCCCCGAAUUGCACCCGCAAGAGCACCCAGAGCGACCUGGCUUUCUUCCGGUUCCCGAGGGACCCCGCCCGGUGCCAGCGAUGGGUUGAGAACUGCCGAAGAGUUGAUCUGGAAGAUAAGACGCCCGAUCAGCUGAACAAGCAUUACCGGCUGUGCGCAGAGCAUUUCGAGACCUCUAUGAUAUGUCGGAGCAGCCCCUACAGGACAGUUUUACGGGACAAUGCCGUGCCCACCAUAUUCGACUUGACCAGCCAUUUGAACAACCCACACAGCAGGCACCGCAAAAGGAUUAAAGAGCUGAGUGAAGAGGAAAUACGAACAUUAAAACAGCAAAAGAUUGACGAAACUUUCGAACAAGAAAAGACCAACUCCGAGUCCAAGAAGGAUGUCCAGAACCCUGCCUCAGAAGAAGGCCGAGAAGAGCCGACCAACGACGACCUCCCGUUAACCCAAGAAGAGCGGGAAAACAAGGAUUACCUCAAAUCGUUAUUCGAGAUUUUAAUCCUCAUGGGCAAACAAAACAUCCCUCUGGACGGCCACAACGCCGACGAACUUCCCGAAGGAAUUUUCACCCCGGAUAAUUUCCAAGCCCUCUUGGAAUUCCGGAUCAAUUCCGGAGACGAAGUUCUGAGGAAACAAUUCGAGACCACGGCCGUGAACUUGGCCUACUGCUCCGAAACCCAGCAGAAGCAAAUGCUGGAGAUUUGUGAGAAUUGUGUGCGCGAAGAAAUGCUGAGGGAGGUGAGGGACUCCCAGUUUUUCUCCAUUGUCACCGACGAAGUGGUGGACUUGGCCGGCGAGGAUUACUUGCCCCUCCUGGUGAGAUUUGUGGACGAUGCUCACAACUUGCGAGAAGAAUUUGUCGGCUUCCUACCUUAUGAAGCCGACCCGGAAAUCUUAGCAGUGAAGUUCCACACCACCAUUACCGAAAAGUGGGGCUUAAACAUGGAGUAUUGCCGAGGUCAGGCCUACUUCGUCUCCAGCGGGUUUGCGUCUAAAAUGAAGACCGUGGCCACGCGGAUUUUGGAAAAGUAUCCUCAGGCCAUUUACACAUUGUCUUCUUCAUGUGCCUUGAACCUGUGGUUGGCCAAAUCGGUCCCCGUUCUGGGCAUUUCGGCGGCGCUGGGAACCAUGGAAGAGGUCUGCUUGUUCUUUCUGCAAUCCCCUCAGAUGUUGGAUGGGCUGGACAACAUUAUCUCCGUCCUCUUCCACAACAGCGAGGAGAAAGGGAAUUUGCUGAAGGAGAUCGCCCGUUCUCACUGGACGGGACGCCACGACAGCUUUGAGAUCAUGGUUGACCUUCUCCAAGCUCUGGUGCUCUGCUUGGAUGGUGUCAACGACGUGUCGGUAGCAUGGAACAGCUCCCUGGUGGGACAAGCGAGCAUUCUCUCCAUGGCCCUGGCGAAUUUUGACUUUGUGGUCACAGUGGUCAUCAUCAAGAACGUUCUCUCCUUCACCAGAGCUUUCGGGAAGAAUCUCCAGGGCCAAACGUCCGACGUUUUCUUCGCGGCCAGCAGCUUGACCGCCGUCCUGCAUUCCCUCAACGAGGUGAUGGAGAACAUCGAGGUGUAUCAUGAGUUCUGGUUUGAGGAAGCCACCAACUUGGCCUCCAAGCUGGACCUCCCCAUUAAAUUGCCCGGGAAGUUUUGCCGAGCCCAACAAGGAAAUAUGGAUACUGAGAUCACUCCGGAGAAUUACUACAAAGAAGCCCUCAGCAUCCCGACGGUGGAACACAUCAUCCAGGAGUUGAAGGACAUCUUCUCAGAACAGCACUUGAAGGCCCUCAAGUGCUUGUCUCUAGUGCCUUCGGUCAUGGGCCAGCUCAAAUUCAACACCUCCGAGGAACAUCACGCCGAUAUGUACAAGAACGACCUCACGAACCCGGAUACUCUCUCCGCGGAGCUUCAUUGCUGGAGAAUCAAGUGGAAACACCGUGGGAAGGACAUCGAGCUGCCCACCACCAUCUACGAGACCCUCCAUCUGCCGGACAUUAAGUUCUUCCCCAACGUCUACUCGUUGUUGAAGGUCCUUUGCAUCCUGCCCAUCAUGAAGGUGGAGAGCGAGAAAUUCGAGAUCGGCCGACGGCGUUUGAAGGCCUACCUCAAGAACACGGUGACCGAGCAGCGCUCCAAUAACCUCGCCCUGUUGAACAUAAACUUUGACAUCAAGCACGACUUGGACUUAAUGGUGGACACUUACAUGAAACUCUAUCCGGAGAAAGCGGAAUUUCAAGAGGAGUUUCUUCCGUCCCGCGAUUCCGAAGCGGCCCAAGAGACUUAAAACGAGCGAGGGGGGGAGCGGUCCGCCAGCAUGGUUGAGAUACAUCAUUUGGCCUUCUAAAAUAAUAAUAAGGGUCCAUUUAGCGCCCCCGCUUGAAGUAAAACAUCAGAGUAGGCCCCCUUACAUUGCAGGCCUGACUUGAAAGGAGCUGCAGAUAAUUUACCAGUUGAGGUCUUGUUCUCUGAGCAUAAAGCGCUCCAGUUCGUCCUUGGUUUAUUGCCAAGAAAAGCCAGUUCAUUAAGGAAAAAAAAGUGUGUAUUGAUCGUUAAUUUCUUUCCUCCAUCCCCA